AUGACACCUCGUCUCAAAUAUGAUCCACUGAAAGAACGGCGGAACAUUGUCGGCACUCUCUACUUCGCAAGCUUGAAUUCUCACAAUGGAGUAGAUCUUGCUCCCCGUGAUGACAUCGAGUCGUUGGCUUAUACCGCUCUUUUCCUCCUUCGUGGGGUGCUGCCUUGGAAGCCCCAUCCACGCCUAGAAUUCCUACUGCGCUCGCAAGAAAUCGUCCGGCUCCUCAAAUCCCGCUUGUCUGGUAAUGACCUGGCCACUGGCCUUCCAAAGGAGUUUGGCGACCUGUUCAUGUAUAGCCGUUCACUUGACUUCGACCAGCUUCCCGCGUACGAUAUAAUGCGGGACUCUUUCACCAGUUUGGCUGAAAGUAAGGGAUACCACAUGAGCGGGCCUCUCGACUGGACACAUUGCACCACACAGGGAGACGGCUCCAUGCGGUCCAUAGAAGAGCCAGAGGUCUCGAUUGACGAUGAUCAGGCGGAUAGCUAUGAUUCGGACAGUCUUGGUGAAGACAGCUACAUCGGCGAGGACAUCGACAUGUGGGACAAUCGGCAAGGCGAACGAGACCAGGAUUUGACACUCCCAGCAGAACAAGAAGAAACGCUCAAUGGGAUCACAGGCGUAAUUGUCGAGGUGACACGAAUGCGUUGA